AUGGUUUAUAUACGAUUUCAUUUACCUGUAUUAUUACCUUCUUAUUCAAUUGUUACACGUAAUGUAAAUUAUAAUCUUAUUCGAUUAUAUUCUAUAUGUCUGAUAUUUUUUUCUCAAAUUAUCAUAUCGUCAUGUUCAAAAUUUGACGAUAAAGCAUUAACUAUUGCUAAAACGAUCGAUGAUUAUCUUUGUCAAAAUUUUGUUCAUACCUGUUUUUUCCGUCAACGAUAUCAUACAUCACAUGAUAAUCAACAACAAUUUGACAAUUGUAAAUCUCUUUUGAUUUUACAUUCAUGUCUUUAUUAUGAUACCGAUACAAUACGCAUGUGCCAUCAAUCACAACUCAAUCUUGUUAAAAUAAAUCUCGGUAAUGAAGCACCAAGACAUUGUUUUACAUCAUCUGUAUAUAAAAAUUUUUAUGCUCAACAUCUGCGUUCGAUUUCACCAGCAAGAACUACUGUCAAAUAA